AUGCUGGUUCCUACAGCUGUGUUUUGUAACGUCGCAAAGGCUUCUCGAUUCGCUUGCUGCUGCUCUGCACCUUUUCUGUACAUCCUGCUGUUGUUGCGUGUGCGCUUGAUCGACCGCCAUUAUGGACCGUCUAGCCGUAAUUUCUGGGCAUCUGUGUCCCCAAGGCGCGACGAAGAAGAGCAGCAAGAUGCACGGGCUGUCGCACCGUCGCCGACGUUGUCGCUUAUCAAUACAGCCGAUCCGCCGCGCUCAACUUUCACCCAGGCCCAGCCGGCCACCGUCUUCCCGCCGUCUAAGUCCGACUACUUCGGCCUGCACGACCUGCUGACACCCGAGCAGCAGGCUCUCCGGUUGCGUGUCCGAGAAUUCAUGGAGAGAGUCGUCGCUCCCAUCGCACCAGCUUAUUGGGAGAAAGCGGAAUUCCCACACGAGCUGGUGCCCCAGUUGGCCACGCUCAAGCUGGCUGGAACCACCAUCAAGGGCUACGGGUGUCCGGGCUUGUCAAUGACAGCUGCAGGGGUAGCUGCAGCGGAGCUGGCUCGAGUGGAUGCGAGCUGUGCCACUUUCAUUCUCGUGCACAGCUGCCUCGGCAUGCUCACCAUUGCGCUGUGCGGCAGUGAGGAGCAGAAGCAGAGGGAUCUGCCACAGCUGGCUGAGCUCAAGAAAUCGCCUGCUGGCUUGACAGAGUUGGACUAUGGCAGUGACGCCAGCGCACUCACCACCACGGCACGCAAGGGCUUGACAGAGCCGGACUAUGGUAGUGACGCCAGCGCACUCACCACCACAGCACGCAAGGUGCAGGGCGGAUGGGUGCUCAACGGUUUCAAGCGGUGGAUCGGCAACAGCACCUUUGCUGACGUCAUCAUCAUCUUUGCCCGCAACACGUCGACCAAUCAGGUCAACGGUUUCAUCGUGCGCAAGGGUGCGAAGGGGUACAGUGCGGUGAAGAUGGAGAACAAGAUCGGGCUGCGGAUAGUGCAGAAUGGGGACAUCACCCUAAAGGACGUGUUUGUACCAGACUGUGACCGCCUGCCAGGGGUGAAUUCCUUCCAGGACACUAACAAGGUCCUAGCAGUGUCACGGGUGAUGGUAUCAUGGCUCCCAGUCGGCAUGAGCAUGGGCAUAUACGACAUCUGCCUGCGCUACCUGCAGCAGCGCUCGCAGUUCUCCGCCGCCGCUCGCCUCCUUCCAGCUGUGCCAGGAGAAGCUGGGGCGGAUGACCGCGGGCCAUGCCAGCAUGGCCAAGGCGUGGAUUACUCUUCGAGCGCGCGAAGCGCUGCUCUGGGCAGGGAACUGCUGGGAGGAAACGGGAUUCUGGCUGAAUUCCUGGUGGCCAAGCACUUCUGCGAUCUGGAGCCCAUUUACACUUAUGAGGGCACGUACGACGUGAACGCGCUUGUGACGGGGCGGGAGGUGACGGGGAUUGCAAGCAUCAAGGCGCCUCCUGCACGCAAGGCCAAGGACAACGGCAAGGGCAUGCUGUGA